AUGGCGACUGAUUUAGGCAAAGCUAAAGGUAGACUCGCCGGUCUUUCAGCUUAUUUAAAAAUUCUUUUACAAGAACUAGACCAAUAUGUUUCUUCUGAAGACUGUGAGCAAGCGAAACUUUUGGGGUUGAGAAAUACUGUUUCGAGUAUUCUUGAACAAUUGGCUGUUGUUCAUAAUGAAAUUAUUAACAUGCUUGAUCCAAAAGAAAUAGAGGCUGCAGUUGUCGAACAUAUGAAAGAGUUAGAACCCAGCUAUCAUGUUUUGGCGAAAGUAGACUUAAGGCUAGCUGCGUUUAAUCAAAGUACGAAGCCAAUAAAUACCUUAGGCGCUUCAUAUGGUAAUAACGUUCAGGCGCAGGGCAGCGCAGUGCAUUGUAGAUUACCUAAAAUGCAAUUACCAGAGUUUUCAGGAGACCCACUGGCAUGGCAAGGGUUUUGGGACCAAUUCCAAGUAGCAAUUCAUAGUAACACACGUAUAAGUGACAUAGACAAAUUUAAUUACUUAAAGGGAUGUUUGAAAGGGGAAAGUUUAUCUGCUGUAUCAGGUUUAACUUUGAACUCAGAAAACUAUCAGGAAGCAAUAGAAAUUUUGAAAGGCAGAUUUGGAAAUGAACAAAUCUUAAUAUCUGCUCACAUGGAGUCACUAUUGAGGAUCAGUAAGAUAGCAUCUAGGGAUAAUAUUAAAGAGCUAAGGAUGCUUUAUAAUCAUGUAGAGAGUUGUGUAAGAAAUUUGAAAUCCCUUAAACUUGACACAUCUGGUUACGGCUCAUUGCUAAUUCCAAUCUUAAAAGAUAGAUUGCCUGACGAAAUUACCAUGAUUAUUUCCAGAAAAUUUGGCGAGGAGAUCUGGACACUUGAUAAAGUCAUGGAAUAUUUUAAUAGUGAGCUUCGAGCGCAAGAGAAUUGUAGUGCAUCCACUUCGAAUAGAUCUAUCCAGAAAGAAUCCCAAAGGAAGGGGGGAUAUUAUACUACUAGUGGUUUGUUUGGUCAGACCAAUAAGGUUGCAUGCGUGUAUUGUGGCAAGGAGGGACAUUCAUCAUCCAAAUGCAGUAGUGUUUCGAAUUGCCAAUCCCGAAAGGCCAUUCUCCGUAGAGACAAAGCGGUGUUGUAUAUGCUUAGAUACUGGACAUAUUGCCAAAAAUUGUAAGUCCCAUUACUUAUGUAGGAAGUGUAAGACUGGCAAGCACCAUAUAUCCAAAUGCGAACAUACACCAGCAGAUCCCCAGGUAUAAAUCGGGAGGAAGAUAAGAACGCAACAACUAAUGAUAACAAGGGUUUUGUGGUACAUGCUGUGAUAAAAGCGGUAUACUAUUGCAGACAGCUAUAGCGGAUAUAUUACCUACAGAUGACAGUGUGCACGUCUAGACUAGAAUUUUAUUUGACAGUGGCAGUCAGAGGUCGUAUAUAUCUGACAAGGUUAGAAGUACACUGAAAUUGAAGGCAAUUAGAGUGGAGAAAGUUGUAAUCAAAACCUUUGGGCAGGCUGAGAGUAGUGAGGUACAGGAACUUGAUGUAGUUCAACUUAAGUUUAGAAAUAAAGGUGAUGCUAGAUUUACAUUUGUAGAAGCCCUAUGUCUCCCAACCAUAUGUAGUCCGCUGACACAUCAGCCCCUGUCAAGUGUGCAUCAAUUACCAGAAUUUGCAGGUUGGAAUUUGCUGACUUUGAGCACAAGCAACACCAAAAUCUUCUGGUCGGCAUUUUGAUUGGCAUCGAUUUUUACCAUGUCUUUAUAACUGGUAAGGUUAUAAGAAGUAAAUUAGGCCCUGUUGCAUGUAAAACUAGAGUGGGAUGGGUACUUAGUGGUCGAAUUGGCUCAAGUGCAUCAGAUAUGCAUUGUUUUGAAAUGCAUUUGCUACGUGCUUUGGUGGAGCAGUCAGAGUCAGACAUAAGCUUACGGCAAGAACUGGAUAAGUUUUGGAAUGUGGAGAGCAUAGGCACUAAAACUGACAGUGUUGUUGACCAAUUCGAAAAUGACAUUAUUCAUGACGGAACUAGGUACAUCACAAAAUUACCAUUUAAACCUGAUCAUGAGGUGCUCCCUGACAAUUUUAAGGUUUGUGAAGGACGGCUUAAAUCACUAAAGAAUAAGUUGGUUGCAAGUAACAUUUUGCAUGAGUACAAUCAAAUAUUCUUGGAGUAUGAAGAAAACGGUAUAAUAGAGCGUUUCAUCAGCUGAGGUUGCAAGGGAAACAGGGCAGGUACACUACCUUUCCCAUAGGCCGGUUAUACGUAAUGAUAAACAGACUACCAAGAUAUGCGCAGUAUUUGAUGCCUCAUGUAAAGUCAGUGGUCCUUCUUUAAAUGAAUGCCUUUAUUCAGGUCCUAACCUGAUAGCUAAGACUUUUGACAUUUUACUUAGGUUUAGAUUGAAUAAGAUUGGGGUAUUAGCUGACAUAAAACAAGCUUUUCUAAAUGUUGGUAUAGAUGCACAGCAUAGAGACUACCUUAGAUUUUUGUGGUAUGAUUUGCAAGCUGAGGAUGAGCAGGUAGUAAUUUACAGGUUUUCAAGAGUAGUUUUCGGAAUUACGAGUAGUCCAUUUUUAUUGAAUGGGACCAUACGACAUCACCUCAGUAAUUACUUAGAGAAAGAAAGAGAAAUAGCACAGCAAGUUAUAGAUGAUCUUUAGGUUGAUGAUUUGGUUAGUGGCUGUAAUAAACUUGAGGAGGGUAAAGCCCUAUACGAUAGAAGUAAGGCAAUUUUAUCUGAAGCCGGUUUUAAUUUGCACAAAUGGGUCACCAAUGACAAAGAAUUAGCAGGGUACAUUGCGUCAAGGGAAAACGGAGACUACAAUUUACUAGGUAACGAUAAUGACAUGACUUAUUUUGAGGCAACGUCACCAAACAUCACUGUCGAGCAUCAAGUUGUUUUAGGUGUAGGGUGGGACACAACAUCUGAUAAUUAAUUUUUCGUUUCGUCGAUUUGAUUUCAAAAUGUGCCACCGUUAAACACACAAAAAGGAAUAUGUUGAGAUUUCUGCUUCUAUUUUCGACCCAUUAGGUUUCAUUGCUCCAGUCACUGCCAAAAUCAAAACCAUUUUCAGUUGUCUAUCAGGGUGCGGUCCAUGUUUGUUUUUAGCUUCAAAAACUAAGGUAGCUCCCUUAAAAACACUCACGAUUCCUCGGUUAGAACUCUUGGGGUGCUUACUCCUUAGCAAAUUAAUUUGUGAAGUACUCAUAGGAGUUGAAAACCGAAUUAAUUUGCAUGAUAUAUUCUGUUGGACUGAUUCCAAGGUUGUUCUUUGUUGGGUUAAUGGGAAGGAGAAGAUUUGGGAGCCUUGGAUUGAGAAUAGGGUUGUGGCUAUAAGGAAAGUGGUGGAUCGUGAGAAGUGGCAUUUUGUUAGGGGUGAGGUAAAUCCUGCCGAUAUCCCUACUCGACUGUCUUCAAAAUUUAAAAGAUUGUUUUUCGGGCUGUUGGUUUAAGGGACCUUUCAUGUUGUUGUCACAGGAGUUGGAAGUUAUAGGGUAAAAGCUAGUUGUGGUAACGAAAACUCUUUGGUUGGGAGGGUUGAUGUAGAAGUUCCUACUGAAGUUGUCAACUUCAGUAACACGACAGAGAAGGUCACGCCUAACAACAGCAGAUGUUCAAUUAGUGCUGUCAUUGAUUGCACUCGUUACAGCUCAUUGAAGAAAAUGCUACUAACAACUGGCUACGUAAUGCGAUUUGUGAACAAUUUAAAGAAGCGAGUGAGAAAAGUUGAUGGUGAUAUCGUCAAUGAUAGUGUACUGACAGUCGAUGAAUAUAAUAAAGCUUUAGAGAUGUGGAUAAAGGAAGAGUAG